CAACAAUAAUAUUGUGACCAAAUUGCGUCUACCCCAAGAAUUCAAGAAUGGUUUACCAUUAGAAAGUUUAUUGAUGUAACUGAUCUCAUUAACAGAUUAAAGAAGAAUACCCAUAUGAUCAUCUUAAUAGAUGCACGAAAAGCAUGCAAUAAAAUACCUAUUUAUGAUAACUGCUAAUAUUUUAUUUGUUUUUCCUUAAAAAUGCAGUGUCUUUAGGAAUUAAAGUUCAGAGCAGCAAAAGUCAAACAAAAACCAAGUCUGAGCAAUAGAGCUACUACAGUGCCCAUCACAGUCUUUGCUCAGAUGACUUCCUAAGGUCAUGUCCAGCUCUAUGGUUCUGUGACCACAAAUAGCGUCUUUGGCAAGUCUAGUUUCAGUUGGUCUUUGUCCAGCUCCUGGAUUCCUCCAUGCAGGGCCUGAGAAGCCCUGAGGGAUAAAAGAUUAAUCCGGUCCAGUGGACGAUGUGGUUCCUCAACUCCAAGUGCCCCCACCAUAGGUCGGACCUGCCUCUCACUCAGUGGAUCCCCUGGCGGCAACCCGAGACCGGUUCUCCUACCCGUAUUCCGCUAAGUCUCUCGCUCUGCCCAGGACGCACAGAUGAGAGCGCUCCGCAGACUGGUGGGUUUAUUUUUCGGUCUUUCCUAAUUUUCCCGUCCUCUGGGGGAAAGGUCAGGGAUACCUGAACCAAAGUGUGUGGGGGGGCGGUGUAGAUGAUGGGGUGCAUCUGUGCACAACCAAGGGCUUGGCCCUCCGGAGAACGCCCAGGGACAGGGGCCUCCGAGGUUCUGGCGGCCGGCAGUGGCGACCGGCGCAGGGAAUCGCGCAGGGAAUCGCGCAGGGUUGCGGCUGAGGUCCGACCAGAGACAGAGAGAGAGACCCGCAGACAUUUAGUCCAGAGACUGCAGUAAAGGAGGGGGACGAGGGGCCAGAGCCGGAAUUUCGGGGGAGGACUUGGGAGCGCGGCCACUAGAGUCGCUUGCUGGCACCUGCGGGGGCGAAUGCAGGGGCUUGGCCGAGAUGACCUUGGACCAGAGCUCCCUUCCGGCCUGCAGACAUGAGCUUGGGGCUUAGCCGAGUAAGGAGUGAGCGGCUUUUCAGUCUCCGUGCUGCGGGAGAGGCGGAUGGAGGAUGAACUGGAGCCGUCCUUACGGCCUCGGACGCAGAUUCAGGGCAGGAUCCUGCUCCUGACCAUCUGCGCUGCCGGCAUUGGUGGGACUUUUCAGUUUGGCUAUAACCUCUCUGUCAUCAAUGCCCCAACCUCGUACAUUCAGGCAUUCACCAAUGAGACGUGGCAGGCGCGUACUGGAGAGCCACUGCCCGACCACCUAGUCCUACUUAUGUGGUCCCUCAUCGUGUCCCUGUAUCCCCUGGGAGGCCUCUUUGGAGCACUGCUUGCAGGUCCCUUGGCCAUCACGCUGGGAAGGAAGAAGUCCCUCCUGGUGAAUAACAUCUUUGUGGUGUCGGCAGCAAUCCUGUUUGGAUUCAGCCGCAAAGCAGGCUCCUUUGAGAUGAUCAUGCUGGGAAGACUGCUCGUGGGAGUCAAUGCAGGCGUGAGCAUGAACAUCCAGCCCAUGUACCUGGGGGAGAGCGCCCCUAAGGAGCUCCGAGGAGCUGUGGCCAUGAGCUCAGCUAUCUUUACGGCUCUGGGGAUCGUGAUGGGACAGGUGGUCGGACUCAGGGAGCUCCUAGGUGGCCCUCAGGCCUGGCCCCUGCUGCUGGCCAGCUCCCUGGUGCCCGGGGCGCUCCAGCUCGCUUCCCUGCCUCUGCUCCCUGAAAGCCCGCGCUACCUCCUCAUUGACUGUGGAGACACCGAGGCCUGCCUGGCAGCACUACGGCAGCUGCGGGGCUCCGGGGACUUGGCAGGGGAGCUGGAGGAGCUGGAGGAGGAGCGCGCUGCCUGCCAGGGCUGCCGUGCCCGGCGCCCAUGGGAGCUGUUCCAGCAUCGGGCCCUGAGGAGACAGGUGACAAGCCUCGUGGUGCUGGGCAGUGCCAUGGAACUCUGCGGGAAUGACUCGGUGUAUGCCUACGCCUCCUCCGUGUUCCGGAAGGCAGGAGUGCCGGAAGCGAAGAUCCAGUACGCGAUCAUCGGGACUGGGAGCUGCGAGCUGCUCACGGCGGUUGUUAGUACCUCGGGGACCAUGGCUGGGUGUGCGGGUCUGCGCUUUCUGCCUUUGCAGUGUGUGGUAAUCGAGAGGGUGGGUCGGCGCGUGCUGCUCAUCGGUGGGUACAGCCUGAUGACCUGCUGGGGGAGCAUCUUCACUGUGGCCCUGUGCCUGCAGAGCUCCUUCCCCUGGACACUCUACCUGGCCAUGGCCUGCAUCUUUGCCUUCAUCCUCAGCUUUGGCAUUGGCCCUGCCGGAGUGACGGGGAUCCUGGCCACAGAGCUGUUUGACCAGAUGGCCAGGCCUGCUGCCUGCAUGGUCUGCGGGGCGCUCAUGUGGAUCAUGCUCUUCCUGGUUGGCCUGGGAUUUCCCUUCAUCAUGGAGGCCUUGUCCCACUACCUCUAUGUCCCUUUCCUUGGUGUCUGUGUCUGUGGGGCCAUCUACACUGGCCUGUUCCUUCCUGAGACCAAAGGCAAGACCUUCCAAGAGAUCUCCGAGGAAUUACACAGACUCAACUUCCCCAGGCGGGCCCAGGGCCCCACGUGGAGGAGCCUGGAGGUUAUCCAGUCGACAGAACUCUAGUCCCAAAGGGGCGGCCAGAGCCAAAGCCAGCUACUGUCCUGUCCUCUGCUUCCUGCCAGGGCCCUGGUCCUCACUCCCUCCUGCAUUCCUUUGUUUAAGGACUAUUUAUUGAGCACCCUUUGUGUGCAGACAUGGCUCCAGGUGCUUAGCAAUCAAUGGUGAGAGUGGUGUUCCAGGCUAAAGGUAAUUAACUGACAGAAAAUCAGUAACAACAUAGUUACAGGCUGGUUGUGGCAGCUCAUGACUGUAAUCCCAGCACUUUGGGAGGCCAAGGUGGGAGGAUCACUUGAGGCCAGAGUUUGAAACCAGCCUAGGUAACAUAGUGAGACCCCCAUCUCUACAAAAAAUUUAAAAAAUUAGCUGGACAUACUGGUAUGUGCUAACAGCUCUAGCUACUCAGGAGGCUGAGGCAGCAGGAUCACUUGAGUCCAAGAGUUCAAGGUAGCAGUAAGCUACGAUCACACCACUGCAUGCCAGACUGGGUGACAGAGGGAGACUUCAUCUCUUUAAAACAUAACAAUAAUAAUUACAGACUCAGGAAAUGCAGUGAAAGAAAAAUACAGGCUGGCCAGGUGAGGUGGCUGAUGCCUAUAAUCCCAGCACUUUGGGAGGCCAAGAUGGGAGGAUUGAUUUGAGACCAGGAGUUUGAGACCAGCCUGGGCCACAUAGUUAAGAUCCUGUUUCCACCACAAAAAAAAAAAAAAAAAAAUUAGCUGGGUGUGGUGGUACAUGCCUGUGGUCCCAGCUACUCAGGAGGCUGAAAUGGGAGGAUCACUUGAGCCUGGGAGGUCGAGGCUGCAGUGAGUCCUAAUUGAGCCACUGCACUCCAGCCUGGACAACAGAAAGAGACCAUGUUUCAGAAAAAAUAAAUACAGGUUGUAGUGGGUAUGGUAUGCAUACCAGGAGGCCCGACCUAGUCUGAGAGGGGAGUGGUCAGAAAAGAAUUUUCUGAGGAAUUGAUGUUUUUAAUCAACUUUAUUGAGGUAUAAUUUAUACAUAAUCAACUGCAUCCAUUUUAAGUAUAUAUUUGGCGAGUUUUGAGUUUUAAGUAUAGUUUUGGUGAAUGUAUACACUUGUGAAACACCACCGCAAUCAAGAUGCAACCUUUACCCUGCCCCAAGGCACCCACAUGCCCGUUUGCUAUCAAUAACCAACUCCAGCCCCAGACCCGGGGAACCACUGACCUGCUUUGUGCUUCAAUUAGUCAGAUUUGCCUUUUUUCAGAAUCUGAAGUCAUUCCAUACUGUAUGUACACAUUUGUGUCUGGCUUGGCUCCAGAUAAAGUUUUUGGGAUUCAUGCAUGUUGUUGCACGUAUUAGGAGAGACUCCUUUGUAUUGCUGAGUAGUAUUCCCCUCUGUGGUUAGACCAUGAUUUAUUUAUCCAUCUACCUGUUGGUGAACAUUUUGGCUGUUUCUAAUUCUUGGCCAUCAUGAAUAAAACUGCUGUGAACAUUCCUACAAUAA